AUGGGUAUCAAGAGCGUUUCCCUAUCACAUGAAGUGAUGCCAAUGAUCAAGAUUGUUCCUAGAGGCUUCACAGAUAGUAUGAUGGCAGAAGAGGUAGGACUCAGUCCAGCCGAACUGGAGCAGAUGCUCCUGAAUGAAGAAACCACAGCAGAUCAGCUGUCGGCAAUGAGGAAGUCGCUGGAUAGCCUGUUGAAAAAGGUUGAUAGCCUUACGGCUAGAGGCACACAGGAAUCUCGUCAGCCUGCUGGAGCAGAAUGCAGCACAAGCGCGCCGCCGAUAGUGUAUGAACAACUGAAUGUCGGCGAUUUCGACAACGUGGAGUACCAUCUUGGAUUUUUGAUCCAGUGGCGGCGGCGCAAGCAAGGAAAGACGACCGAGUGGAGGCCGAGGACCAGGGACUCGAGCCAAUCGUCGUCGAUUCCGUGCCGAAGCCGAGUGACCCUCAAGGAAAGGGAUUUGAUGAAUUCAUCAUUUGAGAGGUUCACGAUGAAAUACCAGAGCCUUGGGUUACGGAAUGACCUGCUCACCCAACUGUUGCUCUCUAAACUGCAAGGUUACCCAAAAGCGGUAGCGAAAUCCCUACCGAAGCUCGUAAGAGAGGGAAACUUUGAAAGCCUUGUAGAAGCUCUGCGAGCAAAGCUUGCUGUGGACAAUUCGGCGAUGCAGAUGAAGGCGUAUUUGGAUCUGAAACACCUCAAGAAACGUGGAGGCGUAACAGAAUUCUGCCUGGAACUGGAAAGGCUGUCAAGAGAGGCCUAUCCAGACGCAUCGGAAGAAGAGCUGUCCCGCACAAGGGCAGGUGAACUGGUGAGCCAGCUAACCGACUGGCCAGAAUACCUCCAACUUUUUACGACAAUGGAGAUAGCUCCAAAGGAGCAGGCGUAUGACAUGGUGAAAGCCAUGGCACAAAGAUGUGAAAGGAGUAAGCAAGUAGCGGCUGCAAUGCGUAAUGCCAUGGAAGGUCAUGCUCGAAAGAGCCAGAACGGCAGAUUACGUAAAGUUGAUCGCAGUCAUGAUGCUCGGCAAGUCCAAACCACUGUGAACACAUUGGAGAGUGGAAGCAGUAAGCUCGAUGUCCGCGAUGCGACGGCUCAGCGGAGACCCGUCGGAAAGUGUUUCAACUGUAACAAACAAGGACAUCUGAAAAAGGACUGUACGAUGCCGAUGAAGAACGCUACUGUUACUGAAAAAGUUACCAGAUCGGCUCAGCAAGCAGAGCCGGCGAGAAUUUUUACCGCGUCUUUGAGGAAAUGGAUAUGUGGAGCAGUAGAGGUCGACAACAAGUGCGAAUUGGUCGGUGAACAAACGACCACGGAUGUGCAUCUUCUAGGCACUUCACGCAAAGCGUUGUUGGACACUGGCUCGCAAAUCAGCAUCAUACCACUGCAAGUACUCCAGGCAGCAUUGGAGUCCGGCUUUGACUUGGAUGCCGACGUCGAAGAGAUUCCGUUGGACCAGCAAAAGCAGGUAUUCGAUGCUUCGGGCAACAGAAUGUCCUUCAAAGGAGCGAUCAGACUGACGCUGCAGAUGAGCGACGGUAAGAAGCAGCGGAUCGCUGCCUUUGUCAUGGCUGGAGGAGACGGCAUGUUGGUGCUUGGGACCAAUGCACUGCGGCCACUUGGAUAUGACCUCGCUCAGCGAAACUGCUCAGAGUCUGUGGCGCUACCUUCGAUCACGGUAGGCGAGCAGGUUCCGGUAAAUGAACGCGGAAAGAAAGCAAGAUGUCGGAGGAGUAAACCACCCUGUUCUCUCUUCAGUGACUGCUGCGAAAAGGGUGUACAUACCUCCAGGACAGUCAAGAUCGGUACCUAUUCAAUGCAAGGACCUCACCCAAGGAGGAAUUUUCUGGUCUAA